AUGUCUGUUAAAGCCGAAUUAUUGGAUAAAUUAUUAGAUGCCCAACAGAGUAAAACUAGAGCACAAAGUCCAUUAAAGUCAGGCUCGAGACCGUCUAGAUUUAGCAGAAUUCCAUAUUAUUUAAAAAAAGAUUUGCCUGACAGAAGAUUUCUGGCUGUGAGAUUAGAUAUUCAUAAGAGAAAUAUCGAUAAUCUCAUCCCAGACACGUCGUUUUUCGAAAGCAUGAUCCAAGAUCAAUUUAAAAGAUCCUCAGCUAAAAAGAAACGGCGAAGACAUAAAUAUCAAAAUAUUUAUAAAUUAAAGCAACAACAAUAUCAAAACUUUUUUACAAAUGGGGAGGUUGAAUUUAAGAGAGAAAACUUAGUGUUAGAGAAUGAAAAUUCCAGUUUAAGUGAUGCAGAAGAGAAAUUGAAAGCCUGGAGAUAUAGCUUGAGCUCGAAAAAAAUUAGGCCGAAUCAUGAAAAUAGAAAAUCUGUUGACUUUGAAAGAAGCUAUUUGGUUAGAGAAGCACAGUCUAGAUUUUCAGAAAUAAGCAUGAAGCAUAGGCCAAAAACAACUUAUAGGAAUUAA